CCCGCCUGGAAAGCAGCCUGAGCAGCUGCGGGGAAGGAUGCACGGCGUCGGGCCUGGCUUCUCCGUGCGCUCCCUCCAGGCUGGCCUCCGUUGAGGUCGGGCGAGGAGGAGGGGCAGGCGAGAGGGGCGGCGGCACGGAUGGCCCGUCGCUGAGGCUGCCGCCCAUGCACUGCUCCUGCUUCCAGGCGCUGGUGGCGGCGCUGGCGCUGGUGGCCGGCUUGCAGCUGCUCUACUUGGCACUGCUGUCGGGGCUGCACGGCCAGGAGCAGCGCUCCCGCUAUGCCGAGCUCUUCCAGGGCCGACGGGCGCCGGCGGCCCGCGACGUCCACAAGGAGCGCCUCAAGCAGGUGUUGGCCAGCGGCGGCACCCUGGACACCAGCGGCCAGUACCGCGUGUAUCGGGACAUGGUGCGCGGAUCCUGGGAGGGCGAGCGCAGCCCCGACGUGGUGCUGGUCACGCACACCAGCCUGGGCAACCUGCACCACGCGCAGCGCCUGGCCGAGCGCUGGCGGGGCCCCAUGUCGGUGGCCCUGUUCGCGCCGGGCGCCGCCGAGGUACGCUUGGCCACGGCCCUGGUGUACGCGCUGGCCGCCCUGUGCGCGCCCGUCCGCCAGCUGGUGCGCCUCCACCUGGUGUGCCACGCCGACCAAGCGGCCUCUUUCCCGGAGCUGCAGGACCGCGGCGAGUUCGCCCGCCUGCAGGCCUGCGGGGAUGUGUUCGCCAAGCUGGCGCGGGUAGCCGCGGGCCGGCGCAAUUACGCGCUGGACGCCGCCAACGCCUCGUACCCGAACAACCUGCUGCGCAACGUGGCUCGGGGAGCCGUCGGCGGGCAAUGGAUGCUGGCGGUGGACAUGGACAUGGUGCCCAGCGAGGGGCUGCGGGAGGACUUCUUGGCUUUGCCCGGAACUGCUGCCGAGGAAACGCCAGGGGUCUUCGUUGUGCCGGCUUUCGAGAUCCGCCACACCCGCCGGAUCCCGGGCACCAAGACGGAGCUGCUGCAGCUGUACCAAGUGGGCGAGAUCCGCCCGUUCUAUGAGGAACUGUGCCCGCGGUGCCAGGCGCCCACCAACUACUCCCACUGGCUGAAUCUCCCCGUCGGAGGCCCCCUGCGCGUGGCCUACGAGGUGGAGUGGCGGGACCCCUGGGAGCCCUUCUACAUCGGGGCUAGUUCUGUGCCCCCCUACGAUGAGCGCUUCAAGCAGUACGGCUUCAAUCGGAUCAGCCAGGCCUGUGAGCUCCACGUGGCUGGGUACCGUUUCUCUGUGCUGAGCAAUGCCUUCCUGGUCCACAAGGGCUUCAAGGUGGCAAGCGAGUUCCACGCACAAAAGGAUGCCGAGAAUCAGCGCAACAAGCUGCUCUUCCGGCAGUUCAAGCAGGAGCUCAAGACCAGAUACCCCAGUUCACCACGACGGUGCUGACCUCACGUCUACCUUUGUGGAAACAGAGCGGAGCCUCUUAGCUGGACAGUGAGGGGAGCAUAGUGUUGCACACUGUCCCAACAGAAAUGUCUGACCCGGGAUGAGACCCACUCCUGUGCCAAUUGGAGGGAGGGAAAGGGCAUAGUAACUCGCUGACCUGCUCACUCCAAAUGUGUUUGUUGCUGCUAGAAGUAUUUGUGCUUCAUUUGGGGGGGGGGAUUUGUGUGUGCACAUACAUACACACACUGAGACCACUUCAGAUAGGAGAAUACCCCCAUUGAGUGCUCUCUCUCUGUGUCUGUAGUUUAAAAAUAAUAAUAUGGGGGUUUGCCUCAAUCUCACAGACAUCUCAAGGGUUGAUUCAGAAGGUCAAGCUUGAUGAAGGUGAAAUGCCAAUCCCAGCCAAAAAACUAGGAAGUCUUAUUGGCUCACCUCCCAGUUAGUUCAAUUCUGGGGUGAGCGAUGAUAGGGAACCUGAUAAGGAUGGGGAACCUGAGGCUCUCCAGGUGUUAUUGGACUCCAGCUCCCUUCAGGGAACAUGGCCAGUAGUCUGAGAUGGUAGGAGUUGUAGUCCAACCAUCGUUGAUGUAAACACUAACAGGUUGCCUUUGAUGGGUGUUCAUAAUUUUACACAGAGAAACACGGUGACCUGCGGGAUUAUCCAAAAUAGUAGAGAUAGCCCGCUCUGCCAUUUUUUAAUUCCUGUAGAUGGGGGGUUAUUUUCUUAGUAAACGAAUUCUGAGAUAAUAACUUUGGGAUAACAACCAUUGAAUCUGGAUUCUGUGAACAAUCCUGCAUUCCUUUCCACUUGUUCCCAGUGUUUACAGACAUGUGACUCUCCCCACCAGUCUAUUUCUCACUGACUGGCAUUUUCUGUAAAAGGCCUGUGGAAUGAGGGCGGAGGUUUAUUUCUAAGCUCUGGGAACUGAGAUAUGGUGAUUUGGAGCAGAGAAACAGAACCAUGAGCCAAGAUUAUUGGGCCCUGCACCCAAUGUUGCUUCUCAGAUUGGUGACCCCCAUUUCCUUUUUUGUAUAAUGGGAAUAAAUAUACUGACGUCUGUCCUGGGGACGGGGCGGAGGAGCUUAAUUUAUUGCUGUCCCGAACAAUCACAGUCUGUAAAUGAAUUAAACUGAACCAGUUUGAUUUAAAAUGCUUUAGCCCUAUCAACUUUGUGACAAGCAUUUCAACAGAAUGUAUUUCUGGGAAUUGAUUGGAGAGGAUGGAGGUGGGGGGGGGAGAAACACGUUUUAUGAAAUAUUGUCCUCAAAGGUGGAUCAGGGCAUUUUGGAGCUUGUAAUGAGAAAUCCAAGGAGUACUGCCCCCACCUCUCCACUGAAGAUCCGCAACUCACUGCAAAGUUCUCUCCAGCCUCACUGAAAUGAACAUUAAUUACUGGGCACCCAUAUCAGAGAGCCUCACUUUUAAGCUUGAAGCCAGGCAUCUUUUAUUUUAGAAAUUAAGCAUAGGGUCCAUACAGUUAAAGCUAUGGUCCGUAUAGUUAAAGCUAUGGUCAGUAUAGUUAAAGCUACAAAGGUCCGUAUAGUUAAAGCUAUGGUUUUCCCAGUAGUGAUGUAUGGAAGUGAGAGCUGGACCAUAAAGAAGGCUGAUCGCUGAAGAAUUGAUGCUUUUGAAUUAUGGUGCUGGAGGAGACUCUUGAGAGUCCCAUGGACUGCAAGAAGAUCAAACCUAUCCAUUCUGAAGGAAAUCAGCCCUGAGUGCUCACUGGAAGGACAGAUCCUGAAGCUGAGGCUCCAAUACUUUGGCCACCUCAUGAGAAGAGAAGACUCCCUGGAAAAGACACUGAUGCUGGGAAAGAUUGAGGGCACAAGGAGAAGGGCACGAAAGAGGACGAGAUGGUUGGAAGUGUUCUCAAAGCUACCAACAUGAGUCUGACCAAACUGCAGGAGGCAGUGCAAG